CAACGAUUAAACCAUCUUCAUCAAAGAUGAAGAACCUGUCUCUUUACUCCCAGCUGCUUCUCAUCUGUGUGGCGGCAGCCGCAGCACUGCACGCAGCCAAUGCCUCCCAGGAGGCUAGCCUGAAAGAGUUCAUCUCGUCGAGAAGGACCAGCGAUAGCAGCAGCGACACGUUUAGAGCCCGUAAUGUAGCCGACAGGUUUGCCGCCAGCCUGAGUGCAGAGAGCUCUGUUUCGGACCAGAGUUCCAUGAAGGCGGCGGACAAGAUCACGGCAUUGCCCGGGCAGCCGAAAGACGUCGACUUCAACCAGUACGGUGGGUAUGUGACCGUCGACGAGGAGAACGGCCGCGCGCUCUUCUACUACCUCGUCGAAUCGCCUUCCGGUGCCUCGGAGAAGCCACUCCUCUUGUGGCUCAACGGAGGACCGGGAUGCUCAUCGCUCGGCUACGGAGCAAUGCAAGAGCUCGGCCCGUUCCGUGUAAGCGAAGACAAUAAAACGCUAGUCAGAAACAUGAACGCCUGGAACAACGUGGCUAAUGUGAUCUUUUUGGAGUCACCCGCCGGUGUGGGAUUCUCCUACUCAAACACAUCCUCCGACUACGAUCUUAGUGGAGAUGAAAGAACCGCAGACGACGCGUUUGUUUUUCUCGUCAACUGGCUCGAGAGGUUUCCCGAGUAUAAAAACCGCGCCUUUUACAUCUCCGGCGAGAGCUUUGCCGGGCACUACGUGCCGGAGCUUGCUGCCACCAUCCUGUUCCACAACACAUAUCACAACAGAACCAUCAUAAACUUGCAGGGCAUCCUGGUUGGAAAUCCAUAUCUUGACGCAAACAGGAAUAUCAUGGGGGCAGUUAACUUCUACUGGACCCACGCGGUGAUGUCGGAUGAGGUCUACGCAAAUGUCAGCAAAAAUUGCGACUUUGACGGCUUGGGUGGUAGUAAUACAUUUGGAGAGUCGGGGGCAUGCAGCGGCGCUUUGGAUGCGUUUGUGGUUGGCCAAAUCGAUGCCUAUAACAUAUAUGCUCCGGUUUGCAUUGACGCGCCCAAUGGAGCAUAUUACCCCAGUGGCUACCUACCUGGGUAUGAUCCAUGCAGUGAUUAUCCUACCCAUGCUUACCUCAAUGAUCCGGCGGUGCAAUACGCUUUCCACGCUAGAACGACAAAGUGGGCAGGCUGCACAAACUUGCAGUGGAAAGAUGCGCCGAUGUCCAUGCUCCCAACCCUCAAAUUUUUAAUCGAGAGCAAGCUUCCCGUUUGGAUAUUCAGUGGUGAUUUCGACUCCGUGUGCUCGCUUCCAGCGACGAGGCUUACUAUCCAAGACCUCGGCCUCCCUGUCACCACUCCAUGGCGCCCGUGGACAGCAAAGGAGGAGGUGGGAGGCUAUGUUCAGCAGUAUGCUGGGGGAUUCACGUUUCUAUCGGUGAGAGGAGCUGGCCAUCUGGUUCCGUCCUUCCAGCCUGAGAGAGCGUUGGUAAUGUUGAGCUCUUUCCUGAAAGGGAUGCUUCCGCCUUACACCCAAGAACAACAGUAGAAAUGAUUCAUGAUGCCCACAAUAAAUUCCAUCCAUAAAAAAUCGGUCGAUCUUGGUCAAGUGCUAUCGCGUUGAUGGAGUUGUCACUUACUACAUGAGUGUACUAAUGUCUGAGCUCUCUUCAUGUUUUUCUUCAGAAGGUUUAUUACUUCAUUUUGGUUGGAUAAAUACUUGUAUCUGGCUACAUUUGAGAAAGGUUCACUUUCCUAUAUGUGGUCAUGUAUUUCUUUUGAAUAAAUUUAUGAUACGACCUCAAAUUAACAAAGAAAAAAAAAUCCUGGCAUAUGUCCAAUGUUGAUUA